UAGGACAGUCUAUUCGGAUUUAGACGUUUAUGAUGUUAUGUUAUUAAAAUGGCGGGUGCAAAACCAGCCGUUCAUGUUGUUCAGUUGAAGCCUAUUUGUGUUCCCGAAAUUCUUGUGAAAGGGAAUAAGUUUAUAAAAUGGGACGACAGUUCAACUAUUGGUGUUCCAGUGACAUUGAGAGUGGAUCAGAACGGAUAUAUCCUAUACUGGCGAGACCAGAACAAGCAACCUGGGCAGCCGGGUCAUGAUGGCGGAGACAUGGAUUCUCUGGACAUUUCCAUCAUUCGGGACACAAGAACAGGAAAAUAUGCAAGAGUGCCUAAAGGGGAGGGAAAACUACGCGAGUCAUGUAUGAUAGGACCGCAAGAUGUUCCAAUUGAGGACAAAACCGUCACAAUAGUUUAUGCCACUGACAUGGUGAAUGUAGACUAUGUCAACUUUGUCUGUGCAAGCAGAGAACUUGCAGCGUUGUUGAGUGAGGAGUUACUGAAGUAUGCCAAUAACAUGCUGGCCCUGAAUGGCAGCUGCCUUACAUUCCUGGAAAAGGCGUACACCAAACUUGUACAUGUAUUAGAUGUUAAUGGAAAAAUACCUGUGAAAAAUAUUAUAAAGAUGGUAACAAAAGACAACAAAGAAGAUAGGAGACGAGUGGAAAAAGCUGUAGAGGCAACAGGAUUUAAAGCUUCAAAAAAUGAUACCAUAGAUCCGAACAAGUUCACAUUUGAUGAUUUCUUCACAUUCUACAGACAUUUGGUGGGUCGGACAGAGUGUGAUAAAGUGUUUGAUGAGAUCGGUGCAAAGAAGAAGCCAUAUUUGACGUCCGAACAAUUUGUGAAGUUUCUCAACAAUGAGCAGAGAGAUCCACGUCUGAAUGAGAUCUUGUAUCCAUACUACACUCAGAAACAGGCCCUCGAGCUUAUACACCAGUAUGAGACGAAACCAAAUAUGUCGGCAAAAGAACAAAGUAGUUUGGAUGAGGGUCAUUUUUCUCAGGAAGGAUUUCUGAAGUUCCUAAUGUCUGAAGAUAACAACUUGAUUCCAGCAGAGUACCUAGAUCUUAGCCAAGACAUGACACAACCUCUCUCACAUUAUUUCAUCAACUCUUCCCAUAAUACAUACCUGACAGGUCAUCAGCUGACAGGAAAGUCAUCAGUAGAGAUUUACCACCAGGUGUUGUUGAGUGGUUGUAGAUGUAUAGAGCUUGACUGUUGGGAUGGGAAAGGUUCUGAUGAAGAACCUGUAAUCACACAUGGCUUUACUAUGUGUACAGAAAUUGUGUUCAAGGAUGUGAUAGAAGCUAUUGCAGCAAGUGCCUUCAAAACCUCAGAUUAUCCAGUUAUACUUUCCUUUGAAAACCACUGCUCGGUCAAGCAGCAAGCAAAAAUGGCUGCCCAUUGUAGAAAUAUAUUUGGAGAUAUGUUGUUAGUGGACCCAUUAGAAGGCUUCAGUCUUGAACCAAAUAUUCCAUUGCCAAGCCCUGAACAUCUGAAAUUCAAAAUUAUCGUCAAAAAUAGGAAAAAACAUUUCCAUAAAAGUAAACAAAAAGUAACCUCUCCAAAAACUUCAAACCCAAGGAAACAAGUUAAACAGAACAGCUUAGAUGCCAGUGGAGAAGACGGCGUUGUGACAAUUAGUGUUGGAGGUGAGGAAAAACUGCCAGUGACUAAAACUGAGAGCACAUCAGAAAGCAUGGAUGAGAGCCAGAAACCGGAAGAUAUGUACGACUCUGAGUCAUCGGAGAGUGAUGAUGAUGAUGAAGUGACCGGAUUGACUGAAGAAGAGGAGAAAGAAAGACAGAGGGAAAAACGAGAAAAGCUUGAUGAUGACUCUGAGGAGAGCGAUCCAGAGAUGUAUUGUGGCGAGUACAUGGGUACCGCUGGUUCGGAAGCUGAAGCUGGUAUGGAGAUGUCCGAGCUUGUAAAUUAUGUGCAGCCUGUCCAUUUUCACUCCUUUGAUAUAUCGGAAAAAAAGAAUAGGGCUUAUGAGAUUUCCUCAUUUGUGGAAACCCAGGCAACCAAUUUGCUGAAGGAAUAUCCCGUAGAGUUUGUCAAUUACAACAAGCGACAAUUGAGCAGGGUAUAUCCACGAGGGACCAGGGUAGAUUCCAGUAACUUUAUGCCACAGAUAUUUUGGAAUGCAGGUUGUCAGCUGGUUGCACUGAAUUUCCAGACAUUAGAUUUAGCUAUGCAGCUUAACCUUGGUAUCUUUGAGUACAAUAACAAGACAGGAUACAUUUUAAAACCAGACUUUAUGAGACGCCAGGACAAGCACUUUGAUCCAUUUGCGGAAUCUACAGUCGAUGGAAUCAUUGCAGGAACUGUCUCAGUUAAGGUGAUAUCAGGUCAGUUUCUGUCUGACAAGAAGGUUGGAACAUACGUGGAAGUUGACAUGUAUGGAUUGCCUACUGAUACGUCCAGGAAGAAGUUCAGAACUAAAACUGUACAAAACAAUGGUAUCAACCCAGUGUACGACGAACCUCCAUUUGUGUUUAAAAAGGUUGUAUUGCCAAAUCUAGCUGUGAUCAGGAUAGGUGUGUAUGAAGACACUGGUAAACUGAUUGGUCAUAGAGUCCUAUCUGUGGAAGCUCUUAGGCCAGGAUAUCGCCACAUAAAUCUACGCAAUGAAAACAACCAGCCACUGGUAUUGCCUACCUUGUUUGUCCAUAUAUCUGUGAAGGAUUAUGUGUCAGAUAUGCAUGCAGAGUUUGCUGAGGCAUUGUCCAAUCCACUGCAGUACCUUUCCAAGUUAGAUCGUCAUGAGAAACAGCUGGAAGUUCUCUUUGAUGAUGAAGAAAUGGAUGAGGAUGAGCCAGAUGCUGCAAUGAUUCCAGAAAGUAGUGGCCGACGACUUUCCAAUCCAUCCCCAAUAAAGCCGCGGCGUAACGGCAGUCUGCCAAAUGUGUUCAAUAAUGGGGUGAACGAGAUGCCGAGACUCACACGAACACCAUCCAACCCACAGCAUUCGCAGUUGAGCAAGAAAGAAAGCAUUAUCUCUAGCAACUCUACACAAAGUGAUAAUUCUGGUGUAUCUGGAGCUUUAACUGGGGUAUCUCGGAUGCCGUCCAAUGAAAAUGUGGUAAUGGGUAUUUCCGUAAUCUCAACAACUAAACUCAAUGAGCCAAGUCUGUUGAUGCCAACACCCCUUCCAGAUCUUAAGAAAGAGAAAUCCUACUUUAAAAUGUUGGUAAAGAGAGAUAAAGACCUGGAAGUUCUGAGGAAGAAGAAUGAUAAGGCUCAAGAGAACAUGAGGGAACUCCAUGCUAUAGAGGAGGAUAAAGUGUUAACUAGCCAGCAGAAGGAGAAGGCUGCACUCGAGAAGACACAUGCUAAAGCUUUGAAGAAGGCUGGCAAGAAUGGGUCUGCAGAACAAAUACAGAGACAAAAUGCUGAAGAAUUUACAAAGUUGCAGAUUGAACAUGAGGAAAGAUUACAAGCCCUGCGUAAGUCUCAUGCUGAAACGUUUGUGGCAAUGUGCAAAUCACACUUUCAAUCUGAAGUGGAUGUUUGCAUGAAACAUAGUGACCCUAUCUAUGAUGCACUGAGAAAAGUAAUGGACCAAAAUCAUAAGGAACAUGAGCAAAGACUCAAGGUGAUACAUGACCAGGAAGUGAAGGAUCUGACCAAGAGGAUGGAUGCUCAAACAAAAGAGGAGAUGAGAAAUCUCCAGAAGAAACACAGAGAUAAACAAGCAUUUAAUAGAUUAAAAAGAGAGAACCACAAGAAACAUAUAGACACUGUAGUUAAUGAAAGACAAAAAUUGAAAGAAGUAUUAGAUCUCCGACUAGAUGAGCUAAGAAAGAAGUUGGACAUUGUUAAAGAGGACUUGGAGAGAGAUAAAUUUACAGUAGAGAAACAGUUCAAUGACCAGUUUGCUGAAAAGUGCGCCAAAGUUAGGGAACAACAUCGCCAUCUUUUAGAAACGGACAGUACAAGUAGCACAAUUACCCGUCAUUCUACAGCCAAUGGUAAUGAGGAACACUACAUUAAAACACAGUUAUAGCAUCCAGUUAUGUUUCCAUAGCAACAUUUACAUCCUUGGCAACAGUAGAGCAACAGAAACAGAGGAUUGGGAAAGCAACAGUGAAAUAUGCACCAGAAAUGAUGGGCCUAUGUGUUUUGCAUAUAUGAUGGUUGUCAAAUUUAAGAAAUUGUAGUUUCGGCUUUCAAGAAAAAAAAAAUGUAUGAAUGUUAUAUUUUAUGAAUAUAGUAGAAAAAUUUAUGUCAGUUUUUUCCAAUUAUAUAUUUUAUUUCUCAGGUUUUUGUUCGGUAAUGUGUGAAAUGGUAAGAAAUAGCAUUGAAGUUACAUGUUCAUGUGUUAUCUAUACACAGCAAACUUUUCAGUUAUUCUUUGUUUUUUUCCUACUAUCCACAAUUAUGUUAUUCAGAAUUGUUGAUGAAAUCAAAAGAAACACCAACACGACAUAACCAGUUUUAAACAUGUUUUACUUGUUUUUUUU